AUGGAGUUAUUUUCACUAUGGACCAAAGUUGUUUUCAUCAACUUGGCCUUUUCUAUUUAUUCUGAAACUUCGUUCACAAAAUAUUCAAUACACAGAAUGCAAAUAGACUGUAGACCAUAUGCAGAUUAUGUUGACACAUGUACCAAGGAGUAUUAUCCAAUCUGUGCAACUAAUGGAAAAACUUAUUGCAAUAAAUGCAUUUUCUGCACUUCCCUGAAACUUGAUAAAAUGUCUUCCUCUUUAUUAUGGAUCAAAAUCAUUUUCAUCCUGGCCUUGGUGUUUCCUCUUCAUUAUGAAACUACAUUUUCAACAAAAGUCCGUCGUAAGCCUAACUGUGACUUCUAUAAAGAAUUCCCAAACAGGUGUACCAGGGAAAAGAAUCCAGUUUGUGGAACUAAUGGACAUACUUAUAGCAAUGAAUGUGUUUUCUGCAGUGCCAUGAUGUAA